AAAAAAAAAAAAAAAACUUCGGGGCGGAAGUGGUCUCGUCGCAGUCCUGCCGCUUGCCGGGUGGGAUCACGCUGCGUCCCGCCGGAUGUUUUGCGUUUUUUCGCCCCCGCGAUGGAAAGAUUCGACCGUUUGGUCGCGAAGCCGCGGCUCCAGCGGAGGCGCUGACGGGUCGGGGGGAAAACGCCGGGCUCCGGAGGAAGUCCCGGCCGCAAGACGGAGGUCGGAGAGCUGCAGCUGGGAUGCUCUGGGCUUCACCUGCGGCGCGCCUGGAUGCAGCCCGUCUGAAGACCCGGCCAGCCGGGAUUCUCCUGCAGCGUUUUUCCUCAGAGGCUGAAAUGAGAUGCCCCUCUUUUCCGGCGCUUUGGUCGGUCUUUGUUUGGUCCCAUUGAGGGGAGCUUUGUGAGAGGGCAGGCCUCCCCCAGGGGUGCUGGAUGUCUGCGACAGAUCCAUGGGCCAGAAGGACUAUGGGGAGGCGGGAUCAGGCCACAUCCUCGACCUGGGACUGGAUUUGGAGUAUCUCCACAUAGCGGGGGCUGAGCGGCAGGCUGGCUGCGCCCUCACACCCCCCUCCAUGAAGGAGCAGGGGGAGAGCUACGGCAACAACCCCCCUGGCAGCCCUCCUCCAGCAGGCCUUCCGUCUGAGCCGUGCGCCGCAACCGCCGCAGCCACCGAUACAGAUGGAGGGGAGGGCGCACCAGCUUACAGCAAGAACACCCACCAGCCACUCUGUCGGACCCCGUGUGUGGACCUGGGCCCUGAGGGACCUCCCGAACCCCCAGAGCAACAGCAGGAAUCUCCGGUCCAGUCUGUGUUUGAGAAACCUCCAGUCACACCCAAGAAAGGGCCAGAGGCGGAAGGGAAAGAGUACCAAGCCAAGCUGGAGUUUGCCUUGAAACUGGGCUACUCCGAGGAGACGGUGCGGCUGGUUCUGUCCAAGCUCGGCCCCGACACCCUCAUCAAUGACAUACUGGGAGAACUGGUCAAGUUGGGCACCAAAUCCAACUCUGAGCAGUCGGGUGUGGCGCUGACCUCGACCUCAUCGUCCUCGUCCUCCUCGUCCAGUUGCGGCUGCUCUGAUUUGACGGACGGCCAGCGGUCGGACUCGCCCUGUCUGUCCGACUCCGUCUGCGACCAGGACAACCUGCGGCCGAUUGUGGUGGACGGCAGUAACGUGGCUAUGAGCCAUGGCAACAAGGAAGUGUUCUCCUGUCAGGGUAUCAAGCUGGCUGUGGAUUGGUUCCUGGAGCACGGUCAUCAGAAUGUCACAGUCUUCGUUCCUGCAUGGAGGAAGGAGCAGUCCCGGCCCGAUGCCCCCAUCAAAGACCAAGAGAUCUUGAGGCGCCUCGAGAAGGAGAAGAUCUUGGUUUUCACUCCCUCGCGGCGCGUCCAAGGUCGGCGCGUGGUCUGCUAUGACGACCGCUUCAUCGUCAAGCUGGCGUACGAGUCGGACGGCAUCAUCGUCUCCAAUGACAACUAUAGAGACUUAGCCAAUGAGAAACCAGAGUGGAAGAAAUUCAUAGACGAGCGGCUGCUCAUGUACUCCUUCGUCAAUGAUAAGUUCAUGCCCCCAGAUGACCCUCUGGGACGUCACGGCCCAAGCUUGGAAAACUUCCUGAGGAAACGGCCCGUCGUACCCGAGCAGAAGAAGCAGCCGUGUCCGUACGGGAAGAAGUGCACUUACGGCCACAAGUGUAAAUACUACCACCCAGAGAGAGGCGCCCAGCCUCAGCGCGCCGUGGCGGACGAGCUGCGCGCCAGUGCCAAGACUUGCGCGCUCCCUAAAAACCAGGGGGAGGCGGGGCUCGUGAAGAGCCACAGCGUGCCCGCCGGGAGCACUGAGACGAAGAAAGGCGCCCCGAAGAGGCAGUCGGACCCGAGCAUCCGAGCUCUGUCCUACAGCGACGCCGAGGAGAAGCUGCUGGCCAAAAGCCGAGCGGAGAGCCAGAAGAGCAGCGUCUGCGGGAGCGGCAGCAGCUCCAACAGCAGCACGAGCUGCGGCGGGGGGUUAUCGGUGUCGCCGGCGCCCCCAUCUUCACUGAUCCUUCCGCAGGACCAGCCCAGAGCGGCGCCGCUGCUCCCAGCCCCAAGUCACGACCUCUACCCUCACUGCGAGUCUCCUGACUUGAGCUACUGCUCGGUGGCGCGAGCUUAUUCGGGUCUGAGUCUCUCGUCCCGCCGGAGCCCAGACUGCCGCUACGCCAACGACGCAGACCUGCGGCUGGGCUCGGCGGGCUCCGAAUGCGGCAGCGAGAGCAGCGUCAGCUGCGGCAGCAGCUGUGACUCGUACACGGAGAGGUCGUGCCCUGCGUGUCCCCCGGACGCCGUACUUGAGGAGCAUUUUGCCAACCCCCACAGCCGGAUUUACCCUCACCAUGUGACCAUGAGCCACGAAGGCUGCGGCCUUCAUCCCGCCGAGUACCUGCAGCACAGCCACGCGCCGGGUUCAGGGGCGCACGCCUACCACAUGACUGCGGCGUGCAUGCAGAGCUUCUCCCACGAUCAGCCCCCGCCUGAAGCUCCCCCCAAGCGCCCCCUUUACCCCCUGCCCCCUCACCUCCAACACCAGCCGCUGGCGUCGCGCUCCAGCUGUCCGGGAGACUACCACUCCCUGCACCAGCCCCACCCCCCCGGCUCCCCUCUCGGCCGCUGCUUGGCCCCGCGAGCUGAAAGCGUGUCCGACUCGCAUCUCUACGAGCACCUUUCUGCGCCGCCCCAUCGCCAUCGCCCCAAAACCCUCCCCAGCUGGGACACCUACUACAGGCAGCCAUCGCUGCCGCCCUCCAGGUACGAGCCGUCGACCUUUCAGAGUCUGCCAGACACUCGCCAGUCGCCCUGGCACACGCCCCCGUGGUCACAGGACAGCUACGCGCGGCAUCACUCCUCCCACCCGGCCCUGCACCCAUCGCCAACUCGCUAUUUAAGCCACGCCCCGCAUCCCGCACACCCUCCUCACCCCGCCUACCACAGAUCUCACCUCGAGGUGCCCUCCCACACCCCACAGCACCCAGACUCCCCCGCGCGGAGCCGCCUCACGGACGUACGAGAGAAGGUGUACAUCAACCUCUGCAACAUUUUCCCCUCCGAACUGGUGAGCCGAGUGAUGGCCAGAAGCCCCCACGCCACCGACGCCCAGCAGCUGGCCGCCGCCAUCCUGGCAGAGAAAUCCCAAACGGGUUACUAGGCAAUCAAAAGGUGGUGGGAUCUCCUGUCAGGACGGAAAUAAAAGGACGAAAUCGACACGGAAACAACUUCCGUUGGAUCGUCACGUAAAUCUCACCUGUCCGACUUAGGUGUGCCGGUUUUCUCUGUGUCGUGCACUUUGUGACUUCUUUUUCCAUGUUGGUAAAAAAAAAUAAUAAGAAAAACGGUCAAAGCAGAUCGUCUUAUGAGACAUUUUUGGUUGGGUUAUGUUUUUUUUCGUUUGGUGGAAGCCGCCGCUGUAGAGAUGGGUGACCCUGUCGUGUGUACCUUAGUUUUAGUAAGGGACAUCUCUCAAUACUCACUCUCUCUGGCCCCUCACGUUGGGUCAACUCUGGUUUCUGCUACAAACACGCCGCCGCACUGAUCUGAGCGCUGUGUGUUUGCGUGGCGGCGUCCUCCGUCGUCUGUAGCAGAUCCCGGCUAAGUCCAUGCUAGACAGAGAAGAACCUCGUUUGAUACAAAUUGUAUCAUGAAUAAGUCACUGACGUUCUGUACAGUACGUGGAUCUCUAUCAAAACCCUUGAUCUGUUGCUAUAUGAGGAAGUGCUUUAAGAACAAUGUUUGUAUUUUUUAAUAUUUAUGGAAAACAACAACUCGCUGAGACAAUUUUCCCCCCCUGAGGAGUUGUGUGUCUUUAUUUAUGCUGAGGUCACACAACUGCUUUGACCUGAUGGGUUUGAGGCUGGCUUUAUCUUUAGAAGAGCUCAAGAAGAAAACAAAUAAGAAGAAAUUAGCUUCUUUUGACUGAAUACUUAUUUAAUAAAGUAUUGGAGUUGGGGUUUGUUUUAUUUUUGUCAUAUUUUGGCAGUAGGGUAACACAAUAGUUAACAUUUUUUUGUCAUUUUGAUGUCGCAAGAUAAGACUACCGUAAUCAUGUCAGUCUAACCCCUAUAAGUUUAUUUUUGUUUUUUGUUUGUUUUAUACAUAAAAAUAUAAAACUAAACUAAUAACGCCAAGGCUGUAGGAGUUAAAAACAACAAUAUUUCAGUACAAUCCCACUUUUCUAUGCUAUUAUGUAACCCUACUUGCAAUUAAAGUUUUAUUAAUAUUAUGAUUAUUUAACAUUUGUAAUUAUGAUCAGACCCAAGUGGAUUUUUUUAGUGUUUUAGCUCACGGUGGCCAUUUUGAACUGAUGUAACAUUAAUUAACUAAACAAAAGGAUUAACAUGUGUCAUAAUUAGAAAAAUCUAAUUUUAAUCUAAAUCUAAAGUUAUAAAUUUAUUUUCAAAAGUUUGGUUUCUGUAGAUCUCUAAAAAUGAGCUUGACAAUUAUAGUUUAACUUUUUUUCCAUACGUUUUUAUAAAGAGGCUUUUUAGAAAAAUAAUAUAUCAUAUUUAUUAUUUCUUCAUCGAAUAAUAAUAAGUGUAAUAAAGUCUAGAUCUGCUAGAAUAGACUCCCAUAAUCCCUUUGGCUAAUGCUUAAUGUAGUCGAUCUUUGUUCAUAUAAGCAAAUAUGGGGGAAAUGUUUCAAAAACACAACAAAUAUAUGUUUUAAUUGCAUUUAUUUUAAAUUGGAUGACUAUUUGUAACAGUCUACGCUGAAAAGUCUUUGUCCUUGUGUCAAAUUUGAUCAGGUUAAAGUUCAAAACGGCCACCAAAACUACCAUCUAGCGAGCUCCACGUCAUCCCAAGCCAGCUUCUCAAAGCCCGGGGGUUUCUUUUGUUCUGCUGUGCGUGUACGACAGAACACGUGUCUAUGACGACAGGUAGUGAAGAAGCGCCUUCUCUCUGGCUUCCUGGCACCGUGUGUCAGUGUGGCAUCUGAGCGUGGGCCCAAAAGUAAUGCCUCUGCGUGGCAUUGUGCAUAUGACACAUCCAAUACUCUGAACUAUGUUCAGCUUUCUAUUAUGCAUGAGUUGGUUCAUUGUGCGCAUGCACUCUUGUGUUUUAAUUGUACGUUUAAAUCAGUGUGUUUCUGUCUUGUUACUGUCGUGCUAGAUGCUCGUAAAAUGUUCACUUACUUGGCAGGAGCAUCAGCAAUGUGAUGCCGUCUUACCCUUUCUUCUCUUUUGUGGUGUGUUUGCUGAUAAAAUCUAUACAAAUUUGAGCAUUUUUGCUUUUAAGCUUGACAUUUCACUGCUGUUAAAUAAAAUACUGGUAUUAAAAAACAAACAAAGC